AUGGGCACGUAUUUCCUGGACCAUGCCAUCCUUUUGGAGUCGUUAAAUUAGGUUUUGAUACUGAUAACAUAGAUGAUUAUAAUGCUGGUGGGACUGGAGGUGAACCAAAAUAUGGAGUGAUAAGUCAAUUCCCCGUAAUAGAUUCAUAUAAAGAUCCACUUAAUUUACACGAUUACUCUUCUGAACGUUCAUUUGAAUAUUUUGAAGUUGGUUAUUCAAAAUUUGGGUUAAAACGUUAUAAUAUUACAGUUGAAUUAACUGCUAGUAGAAGAACAGGUCUUCACCGUUAUACUUUUCCUCAAAUCAAAAAUAUAACUAAAGUUAUUAUUGAUUUGUCUCAUAAUCUUGUUAGUGUUAGAUCUACUUCAGAGUAUAAUGGCGGAUCAAUUCAAUCUAUUUCAUAUAACCAAGUAAAAGGUGCAGGUCGUUAUAGUGGUGGUUGGAAUAGAGGAGGUCCUUAUGUAGUUUACUUUUGUUCCCAAUUUAAUACUAACGCUAUAGAAUUUGAGACCUGGAGGGAUAGACACACUGGAAGAAUUUACGAAUUUUCUGAUGGAACAACUUAUUUUAAUAGCAUUAAUGGUGUUAUUCUAACGUUUAACGUUACCAAAAAUCCGGUAAUUAUGUCGAGAGUUGGAAUUUCGUUUGUUUCAGUUGAUCAAGCUUGUAAGAGUGCUGAAAGUGAAAUACCAGAUUGGGAUUUUGAAAAGACUAAACAAGAGGCUGUAAAUGCUUGGCAGACUGAGUUAGAAAAGAUAGAUGUUGAUGGAGGAACUGAUGAUUUUAAAACCAUUUUUUAUAGUAACUUAUACAGAACCAUGAUUAUCCCAAGCGAUAGAACUGGCGAGAAUCCAAAAUGGGUAUCAUAUGAUAAUAAAAGUAAUAUAAUACCACACUAUGGAGAUUUUUACACUUUGUGGGAUACAUUUAGAACGACAAACCCGUUAUUUACACUUUUCCAACAAGAACGAGCCGUAGAUAUUGUUAGAUCAUUAAUUGAUAUCUAUCAGAAUGAAGGAUAUAUGCCCGAUGGAAGAAGUGGAUUAGCAAAUGGAAUUACACAAGGUGGAUCUAAUGCUGAUAUGGUUGUGGCUGAAGCGUAUUUAAAAAAAUUAGGUACCAAUGUAAUAGAUUGGGAUCUUGCUUACGAAGCCUUAAUAAAAGAUGCAGAAGUAGAUCCAAAGCAUCGUGGGUUAUAUGAAGGCCGACUACAUUUAACAGAUUAUAAAGAAUACGGUUAUAUACCUUUUCAAGGAUAUGUUGUGGUAACAUAUGCACAUUCGCCUUGCAGUAGAACUAUAGAGUAUUCUGCUAAUGAUUAUAGCAUCAGUCUCGUUGCUAAAGGUUUGGGUAAAUAUGAUGACUAUAUGAAAUACAAAAGGCGAGCAAGAAGUUGGGAGAAUCUAUGGUGUUCUAGUAAGACUUUUAAUGGUGCAAAAGGAUUUAUUGUACCCAGAUAUGAAAAUGGUACAUUUUAUACAGAUUUGGACGUUUUAGAAUCAUUCGGGGGAGAUUAUAUAUUUUAUGAAGGUACUUCAUGGGA